AUGGUCUGUGGAUUUCAGGCCAAUCCUUGUCAGCUACCGAGUUCCGUUGAAGUAGCUCGUAGCUCCCAUAUGUGGAUUGACUACGUAUGCUAUAUGCAAGUUAGAAGCAUACCGCUUCGCUUUUGUCUUCGGAUCGGGCAAACUCCUGAACCUAACGAAGGGAGCAUGCAGGCCUCUAGUGAUAGUGUUGGGCCUGGCGGAUUG